AUGAUUUGUGGUCCCGAGCGGCCCCCCCAUUCACCUGGCCUCCACCCCGUCAACUUUUUGGCGCCCUACACCAACACAAACGGCGAUGGCAACGUGAAGAUUCACAUUGCACAUGGUACCACCACGCUCGGCUUCAAGUAUCAGGGUGGUGUGAUCAUCGCCGUCGACUCGCGCGCCACCGCCGGCAGCUACAUCGCUUCCCAGACGGUAAAGAAGGUCAUUGAGAUCAACCCGUACCUCCUCGGUACCAUGGCUGGUGGUGCUGCUGACUGCUCCUAUUGGGAGCGCUAUCUCGCCAUGCAAUGCCGACUUUAUGAACUCCGCAAUGGCGAGCGCAUCUCAGUGGCUGCGGCCUCAAAGGUCUUGGCCAACAUUGUGUGGAACUACCGCAACAUGGGCCUCUCCAUGGGUACCAUGGUUUGUGGCUGGGACAAGAAGGGCCCGGGCCUCUUCUACGUCGACUCGGACGGCACCCGCUUGACGAACAACAUGUUCUCCGUUGGGUCGGGCUCGACUUAUGCCUACGGUGUUCUUGAUGCGGGCUACAAGUGGGACCUCUCGGAUGAGGAAGCUCAGGACUUGGGUCGUCGCGCCAUCUACCACGCCACCUUCCGUGAUGCCUACUCUGGCGGCACCGUCAAUCUGUACCACAUGCGUCAAACCGGCUGGGUCAAGAUCAGUGCCGACAGCGUCCACGACCUGCACUACCGCUAUGCGGCAGAAAAAGAGACGUCGACGGCAUAA